UUCAGUCAGAGAUGGCGUUUGUAGUGACCAAACUCGCUCUUUUUUAUCUAAUUCUGGUGGUUCAUCUUUUCAUUCGUCCUUCUUUUCAAGACGGACAACGUGAAGUUGACUUCCCAGCAAUUAUUCCCAACAGUUUCCACUAUCAAUAUUUUUCGUUAAAGAAAACUAGUCGAAGGUUUUCUCGCGGAAGCAUUACAGCCGUUCAAGUGUAAGAUGAGUUAGCGUGCCUGCAAUAUUGCACUCGUAUCAAAGACUCAUGUACAUCUGUCAACUUUAAGGAACAAGCCAAAAAUGGUCUUCAUUUGUGUGAAAUUCUGACGAGCGACAGUCAUCUCAGACCUGAUGGUUUAAAAGAAGAUGGGAGAUUCAACCACAUAUAUCCAAUGAUUUUCUCCUAUCGUUCAUGUGCAGAGGUCCCAUUGAAGAUCAGUGGAGUAUACCAUAUUCAUCCAAUCUCUCAACAUCCAGUACCUGUUUUCUGCGAUAUGACAACCACUGGGGGAGACUGGACAGUAAUCCAGAAAAGAAUGGACGGCUCGGUCGACUUCUACCGUAACUGGGACGAUUACAAAUGGGGAUUUGGUAACAAGUCAGGAGAGUACUGGUUGGGAUUGGAAAACAUACACGCGAUGACGUCACAGGGAACCUACCGCUUACGAUUCGACCUUGAGGAUUUUGAGGGGAACACUCGAUAUGCAGAAUACAACUCUUUUCUUGUGUCUAGCGAAGCGGAUAAUUAUCGUGUAACGAUUGGUUCAUACUCAGGAACAGCAGGUGAUUCCUUUAAUUCUGCUCACAAUGGAAGGCAAUUCUCCACCAAAGAUCGCGACAAUGACUCUAAUGAUGCUGGACACUGUGCAGUGUUGUUCACAGGUGCUUGGUGGUAUAAUGGGUGUCAUAAUUCCAACCCUAAUGGCCAGUACCUUGGUGGUCCAAAUUAUCAUAAUGGAAAAGGAAUAAACUGGUAUACAUGGCUGGGUUUAUAUUAUUCACUUAAGAAAGUUGAAAUCAAAAUAAGACCAGUUUAGCCUGCUAGCUUCCUGGUUUCCUCAAUCAAAAAGAAUGAGUCAUUCCAAAGUCAUACUUAACCCCAAUUUAUUCUUGUUCGCCUCUGCUAUCCUUGGUCUAGCAUUUAUUUCUUUUUAACAAGAUGGACUUUUUUGCAUAUUCUUUGCCAUAUUAUGUUUACCCACUUGUCUGAUCCCUAGUUUAUGCUUCUAUAUUUCAUCUUUCACAUGCAGCAUGUUCUACUACCUGCCUUGUUGUGUCAGUAGAUUUUUCUAAAAAGCUUUAUAGUUUUCAUUAGUAAUAUCUUAUAGUUGUAUAGCUUUGGUGAUUAAAUGCUCCACUGCUAACGAAUUUGUACACUUCAAUGUAUCGACUAACAAAUAAUUUCUUCUAGUAUAUGGUCUAUAACAAAUCCUGCACUCUGAUUGGCUGAGCUAACUGUGGUCCAUAAGUGAUCAUUUUAUUCAUAUAGCACUAUUAUCCAAGAAUAUUGUACAAAGCAAUCACUAGUAGCAAAAAGUAGUAGUUUUAAAGACCAAAGCAAUGCAAAAAUAAUCUAUUAUAACCUAAUUUUCUGGUUGCUUGUUUAUUGGUUGUUUGCGUGUCAUGACGGUUUUUUAUUGGUGGACAUGGUCCCGGCUGAAUUAGCUGCACUGUAACAUUGAAUCAAUAAUUAAACCACGUUCUAAUACAAAAAAAUUUGUCCUUGAAAAUCGAAUUUUUGUGCUUGAAAAGUUGCUUAAAAAGUCCUUGAAUUUUGUAUCGAAAGAGUAGCACGAACCCUGACUUAUUAAACCUAUUAGUAGUAGGUUUAUAUUAAAACCAUAAGAUCUCUCUCUCUCUCAUGGUCUACAAGUUAAUAGUCAAUAAGCUAUUGACUCAUAGACCAUCCAGGCUGUGGGUCUAAUUGCUAAGUGUUAUGAAUAAAGUUCUGAUCUUCAUAA